AUGGGGCCCAGCAAAGAAGAGAGCGAGUCGUCCACAUCCCCAGCGGCAGUUCCAGAAGCAGUCUGGGCAAAUGCACGAGGCGACGAAAAACCGGGCUCUGCUGUCCUGGGCGACAACGCAGUCGACGACACGGGGAGUCCAGCCGGCAAUGCCAAGGACGGCGACAAUGUCGAAGGUGACAAAACGGCUGACACAGAGAAAAGCGAGGCUCCCACACAACAAUACAUGACAGGCCUCCCAUUCGUGCUCACAUUUGGCUCGCUCAUUCUGGCGACUUUGCUGUCCGCACUGAAUGCGUCCAUGAUUUCAACGGCCAUACCGUCCAUCACCAACGCAUUUCAUUCGAUUCAAGACGUCGGCUGGUACAGCUCGAGCUAUCUGAUUUCCAACUGCGCAAUGUUGCCAUUGACAGGCAAGAUUUUUGCCAUAUUCCCUCUUCGAUACACAUUUAUUGUAUUUGUCUUCAUCUUGGAGGUUGGCAACCUGAUCUCCGGCGUGGCUGUAUCGUCGCCAAUGCUGAUUGUCGGUCGCUCCAUUACGGGGAUCGGCGGCUCGGGCAUUCUCACGGGUGCCACGGCCAUAAUCACGACGAUCCGUCCUCUCGAGAAGCGGCCGAUGCUCAUCGGUACCCUCAUGGCUGGUGUAGCCCUCGGCCAGGUCGGUGGACCCCUCCUUGGUGGUGCAUUAGCCCAAGUGACAUGGCGCUGGGUGUUUUAUAUAAACCUCCCCAUAGGCGGCAUUGUCAUCCUGCUCUUCCUCUUUAUCGUUCGUCUGCCAGCGCCAACAGAGAAACCAAAGCAACUUCAGGUUCCCACACAAAACACAGACGACCAGAACGACCGCGCCGACAACAAUGCUGCUGGAUCUGGCUCUGGCAUCCCGGCCCAAGUCAGCCGCCGUCAGCACCUUGGUACCAUGUACAAACAGGUGGCUCGCAUCGACUUCCCGGGGUUCGUUUGUUUCGCCGCAGCGUGUGCCCUGUUCCUGAUCGGCCUCGAGUGGGGUGGCACCAAGUACGCCUGGGGCUCGGGCGUCGUCAUCGGGCUGCUGGUCGCUGGCGCCGUGCUGUUUGGGGUCUUUGCCGCUUGGUCGCAGUACCUGGGCGACCGCGCGCUGCUGCCGUUCCGUCUGCUGCGGUAUGGCUACGUCAACGUCUUUUGCGGCAUCACUGCCUUGGCGCAGUCUGCGAGCGUCUUUGUUCUCAUGUCCUACCUGCCCAUCUGGUUCCAGGGCGUCAAGGGCGCCACGCCCGUGGUCAGCGGCGUCAUGCUGCUGCCCACCAUCGUCGCGCAGCUCCUUGCCGCGUUCCUCUGCGGCUUCCUGGUCCAGCGCACCGGGUACUACAUGCCCGAGCUCCUGAGCGGCAACUCCAUGGUGCUCAUCGCGUCGGGUCUGUUUACGACGUUUUCGCCAUCCACGGGCGCCGGCUCCUGGAUCGGGUUCCAAAUCCUGGGUGGCGCCGGCCGCGGGUUCGUCAACCAGCUGCUGGUCACAGUCAUCCAGGCGAACGUGCCGCCCUCGGACAUCCCGCUGGGUGUCAGCUACGUCUUGUUUUGCCAGUACUUUGGCGGCGCCGUGGCCAUCUGCGCGGCGCGGACAGUGCUGACUUCGACGAUUGGCGCGGCGCUGGCCAAGUAUGCGCCGUCCGUGGACGCAGCGACGGUCAUCAACACGGGCGUGACGGACCUGCGCCACGUGAUCCCGGCCAGCGACAUCAACGGUGUUGUUCUCGCGUACAACAAGGCGCUGGUCAAUGUUUAUUACCUCCAAAUUGCCUUCUCGGCUACCGCCUUGGUCUGCUCCUCUUUCCUGGGCUGGCGUGACAUCCGCAAACCCACACCGGUUCAGACGGAAAAGAGUGAUGUUGAAAAUGCCAAGACAGAAACACCAGAGAAGACGGAAACGACUGAGAAGACCGAGAAAACAGACGAAAGCAAGUAA